UGUAGCACCUGAGUCACCUCUCCUGGUUCACAGAUAAGCUGAGACUGAAAGAACUAUGGCUCUGAAGGUGGAAUUCAGGCUGAGGACGCUGGCGUUUCCCUCGGGGAGCUCUCGGUGUGUGCACUGUCCACAGGGGUAAACAAAGAGCCACCAGAGCACCUUGUCCUGGACCCAAUCUGCCUUGAAGACGCGGAGGACACCAAACCUGGUACUUCCUUCUAAAAGGUCUUCGAUCUGCAUGAGACAGCUUCUCCCAGCAUAGGAAAAGCAGUUGGGCAGUUAUGGAGCGGGACAAUGGCACCACCCAGGCGCCUGGCUUGCCGCCCACCACGUGCGUCUACCGUGAGGAUUUCAAGCGGCUGCUGCUACCCCCGGUAUACUCAGUGGUGCUGGUGGUCGGCUUGCCACUGAACAUCUGUGUCAUCGCCCAGAUCUGCUCAUCCCGCCGGACCCUGACCCGUUCAGCUGUGUAUACCCUGAACCUGGCACUGGCAGACCUGCUGUAUGCCUGUUCCCUGCCCCUACUCAUCUAUAACUACGCCAGAGGGGACCACUGGCCCUUCGGAGACCUGGCCUGCCGCCUCGUGCGCUUCCUCUUCUAUGCCAACCUACACGGUAGCAUCCUGUUCCUCACCUGCAUUAGCUUCCAGCGCUACCUCGGGAUCUGCCAUCCCCUGGCCCCCUGGCACAAGCGUGGGGGUCGCCGCGCUGCCUGGGUGGUGUGUGGAGCCGUGUGGCUGGCCGUCACAACUCAGUGCCUGCCCACAGCCGUCUUUGCUGCCACGGGCAUCCAGCGCAACCGCACUGUCUGCUACGACCUGAGCCCACCGGUCCUUUCCACCCGCUACCUGCCCUAUGGCAUGGCUCUCACGGUCAUCGGCUUCUUGCUGCCCUUCACAGCCUUACUGGCCUGCUACUGUCGCAUGGCCCGCCGCCUGUGCCGUCAGGAUGGCCCAGCAGGACCUGUGGCCCAAGAGCGGCGCAGCAAGGCGGCCCGUAUGGCUGUGGUGGUGGCGGCUGUCUUCGCCAUCAGCUUCUUGCCUUUCCACAUCACUAAGACAGCUUACUUGGCUGUGCGGUCCACGCCUGGGGUCUCUUGCCCUGUACUGGAGACCUUCGCAGCGGCCUACAAAGGCACUCGGCCCUUCGCCAGUGCCAACAGUGUACUGGACCCCAUCCUCUUCUACUUCACACAGCAGAAGUUCCGGAGGCAGCCCCAUGAGCUCCUGCAGAAGCUCACAGCCAAGUGGCAGAGGCGGAGAGUCUGAGGCCCCAGGGCAGACCCCGAGGCACUGGCAGCCGCAUAUUUGCCAUUGGGACCAUGGUGCCAGAAGCUUUCCCCACAACCCCAAACCAUACAGAGAGUAAAACUUGGUUCAACAGGCCUGGGUCUGGCCCUCAAGAAGUUCUACAUGGCCACAAAGCUAAGACACCGAUGUCUCGGGGGCUGGUCAAUUCAUGCCUGUUAUCCCAGAACUCAGGAAGCUGUCACAGGAGGGUAACAAGCUCCAGGCCAGCCUGGUCUGCACGGUGAAGCCCUGACUCAGACAAUCAAGUUUGGGGCUACGGCUCAAUAGCACAUAACUAGAGUGUGCUAGCCCCUGGGCUUAAUCCCUAACACUGCAAAAUCCAACGAAGGUCUUCUCCCCAACCUUUCUUGUUUACAAGGUGAGGGGACUGCUGGUGCACGAUCACGAACGUGAAGGCAAGGUCUUGAUCCCUGGGACCCACUUCUUACAAGGAGGAAGAAGCUGGGGGAAGCUCGUGUUCCCAUCCACUUGCCAAAACUUUUGCAUAAGAGAGAUAAAUAAAUGUGAUUU